UCGUCCCCCCCUCCCCGCCCCAGGCGCCCCGCCAGACUGGGCGGACGGGUAGCCAUGCGCGGUGCUGCCGGGCCGGGGGAGGCGGAGCAGGCCCACCAGAAGAUGGUGCGCGCGGAGGCCUCGGAGGUCCUCGCAAUCCGGGGCACAGCGGAGGAGGGCCUGCGGAGCCUGGGGUGGUCGUUCGCCAGCCUGCCCAAGCAGGCCGGGGCGGCCGUGCGCAGCAGGGGCCCGUGGGGCGGGUGGUGGCCAAUGCGGUUCAUACCGGCGGCUGGGCCGAGAAGCUGGGCGUGCAGGUCGGGGACCGCCUGGCCCUGAUCAACGGCGAGCCGCCCAAUUGGAUACUGGGCGGCGAUGCUUCGCCGACAGACGCGCGCGUACACGCUCGCAGGCGUUGCGCACGGUUUUUGGGCACCGGUCGUUCUCCGAGGAUGCCUCGGGCGACUGUGGCCUCCGCGGUCCGAGAACCGUCGCAUCCCCCUCCUCGUUUCACGGGCCACGCCUGUCGCCAGGCUCAGAACGCCGCGCCAUUGCCACUGUGCACAAAUAGCGGGGGCCUGGCGUCUCUUCCCUCUCCCCUGUCGCCUCGUCGUUCGUUCCCGCCUUUGUGCUCGUGUCCU